UAUAGGAAUAUGCUAAAUACAUUCAAAUAUUUUAUGCUAUGAUUAUGCAUAAUCAAAAUUAAAUAAUAAACCUACUGUUUUAUAGUCAAAUAUAACCAAAAAUUGCUCUCGUCAUUAGCAAGUGUUUCUCUCAUUGUCCUGAUUCUUUUAAAUAUUGCAUAAUAGUCUAUAUUUUAAUGCAUCUGACUCACUUCAUACUCAGUGUUUAGUCUCUUUUGAACUUCAGGAAAGGAGGAAGAUUCAUAAUGGUGAAUAAUUUGGAGCAAAUUGUACCAAUUGGACAAGUUCAGGAUGUAACAGAACACGGUAACCCGACAGAACCGCAAGCUUCUUCUCGAUCCGAUAUGUCACCGCUUGUAAAUGGAAGACCGAGCAGCAUGAUCAUAAAGAAGGCGCACACAGUAAUUCCAGCUCACCUGAUAGCUGAAGCCAUAUCAACCAUCCGCGGCCUCGACCUGAGAUGGUCAGUACCGAUUACUCCGACUGAAAUGGAAUACGUCCGGCAGUACGUUUUUGCGAAAUACCCACAAUAUAGCAAUGGAAUUGUGGAAGAAGGAGACACAGCUGAUUUUUUUAGCAAUGAAGAGCCAUCAGAAUCAAAUCAGGACGAAAAGCGGAAUACUACUUCUCCAAAGAAUCUUGCGGUUUCGAAAGAUUCUUCUCCUUCAUUCACUCGUAGCCUUUCGGAUCUCGACAAAACUCAGCUGGAAUCGUCAAGAUUGCUUGAUAUUUUUUCCAAGAAAACUUCAUUUCAGGGGAAUUUCAUUUCAAUUCCUGAAAUUCAAGCUCAGAAUAGAGCUCUGAAACACUGCGGUCUUAGCGAAAAGGACUAUUUGGUCAUUUUCAUGCCAAAUUAUAAAGAUGGAAUGGUUAUGAUUGGAGAAAGCUACCCUUUCUUUAAAGGAAAUUACUAUUUGACCAUAAUGAGUGAAGAAUUUGAUGCAAUUAGAGAAUUUGCAAGUCAUAAAGAAUCAAAGGUUAUUCCAAUGCCAGAAUCUUGGUUAGACCUAAGGGUAAAAGGGUCACAACUUAGUCAAUAUUUCAGAAGGAAAUGUAAGUAUAUACCUAAAGGGCUAUUUUCUUAUCCAAUUAUAGUGAAUGAGACUAGAUACUCUUUGCAUUGGAUUUCAGAAGCACAUAGAAAUUCUUGGCAUGUCCUUCUCGACGCUACCGGAUUAGUUUUCGGGGACGAUCGGCUCGCUCUCGCCCUUCACCGGCCGGAUUUUGUGCUAUGUACGUUGGAUAAUAAUACACAUUCUCAACCAUCAAAAAUUACAUGUCUUUUGGUCAGGAAAAGAUCAUUUGAUACCACUACCUCUACAUCUUUGGCAUAACCAAAAUUUGGGGCAAAUUGGUAAUUAAUAAGGAUGUAGAUUUGAGUUAUUGUUAUAUAUUAUUAAUUUCCUGCUUCA